GUCUCAAGAGCGGCGUUGUUUUUUUUAAUUGAAAUGCUUUAUUGAUUUCUGGAUUUCAGUUAACUAUACAUUCUGUCUUUUAGUGGACCACUUUGGAUUGAACAGAUGUAUUACAGUUUCGGCUUUGACUUUGUAAGAAAAAGAAAGAGACCAGAGAGGAGGGCAGUAGAAAAACUGAACGAGGGAAGUGUAUGUGAGCAAGUGAGAGAGGGAGAGUGCGAGUGUGGAAGAGAGUGAGAGAGAGGGGGAGAGAGAGCUGCGCUGCAGUAACAUCCCACAGCAGACGGCUGAGGACUGCCGGUGUGUGUGUGUGACUGCACUGCUGAAGAGGAGGAGGAGGAGGAGGAAGAUUCAGAGGGAGAGCACGCUCGCAGACUCUGCAGGGCCAUAGAGGAACGCACAGCAGCAGCGACCGUGUGAGUGUUGGCCGGCGCCAGGUAGAAGCCUCAGCACCGCGUCGCCUCGCAGACCUUCGCAGUAGGACCUGGACACGUCAACACUGCCCAGACCACCACUACCAACACCAUGGCACAAGCGGCCAAACAUCUCCGCAAGAACAAGGAUUUAGAAGCCCAGGCAGAGCAGGAGCGCAAAGAGAAGGAGGAGGAGAGGGUCAAAAAGAGGAGUCGCUCGCGGGAUAAAAAGCGCAAGGCCCACGCCGUGCAUCGCUGGCUAAUCGAUCAGGACAGUAGUGUGAGCUCUGAGAUGCCGGAUGGCCAAGGAGUAUGGCACUAUGAUGAUGAAGCAGAUGCUGGCAACAGUUUCCUUCGGGCGGCCCGUUCUGGCAACCUAGACAAGGCCCUGGAACAUAUCAAAAAUGGCAUCGAUAUAAAUACAGCCAAUCAGAAUGGGCUCAACGGGCUGCAUCUGGCCUCGAAAGAAGGCCACGUCAAAAUGGUGCUGGAACUACUCCACAAUGGAAUUGUCCUGGAGACCACCACAAAGAAGGGGAACACGGCCCUGCACAUCGCAGCCCUGGCAGGGCAGGAGCAGGUGGUCACAGAGCUGGUUAACUACGGGGCCAAUGUCAACGCUCAGUCCCAGAAGGGUUUCACUCCACUUUACAUGGCUGCACAAGAAAACCAUCUAGAGGUUGUGAAGUUUCUUCUGGAGAACGGGGCCAAUCAGAGCAUUCCAACUGAGGAUGGAUUUACUCCCCUCGCCGUGGCACUUCAGCAGGGACAUGAAAAUGUCGUAGCCCUGCUCAUCAACUACGGCACCAAGGGAAAGGUCCGCCUCCCCGCGCUGCACAUCGCAGCACGCAACGACGAUACACGCACAGCCGCAGUGCUUCUGCAGAAUGACCCCAAUCCUGAUGUCCUCAGCAAGACUGGAUUCACUCCCCUCCACAUUGCUGCACACUAUGAAAACUUGAACGUAGCUCAGUUGUUGCUUAACAGAGGAGCCAAUGUCAAUUUCACCCCAAAGAAUGGUAUCACUCCUCUGCACAUUGCAUCCAGACGAGGGAAUGUGAUCAUGGUCCGGCUCCUGCUGGACAGAGGGGCUCAGAUUGAUGCCAAGACCAAGGAUGAGCUGACUCCUCUGCACUGUGCAGCCAGAAAUGGUCAUGUAAGGAUUAUAGAGAUCCUGCUGGACCAUGGAGCCCCCAUCCAGGCAAAGACCAAGAAUGGCCUGUCUCCAAUCCACAUGGCAGCACAGGGGGACCACAUGGACUGUGUCAAGCAGCUUCUGCAGUACAACGCAGAGAUCGAUGACAUCACACUGGACCACCUUACCCCUCUGCAUGUGGCGGCACACUGCGGCCACCACCGCAUGGCCAAAGUACUGCUGGACAAAGGGGCCAAACCCAACUCUCGGGCAUUGAAUGGCUUCACUCCUUUGCAUAUUGCUUGCAAAAAGAACCACAUGCGUGUGAUGGAUCUCCUGCUUAAACACUCUGCAUCAUUAGAGGCUGUGACUGAGUCUGGCCUGACCCCCUUGCAUGUGGCAUCAUUUAUGGGUCAUCUCAACAUUGUGAAGAUCCUGCUGCAAAAAGGAGCCUCCCCCAGUGCCUCCAAUGUGAAAGUGGAGACUCCUCUCCAUAUGGCAUCUCGGGCAGGACACUAUGAGGUGGCAGAGUUUUUGCUGCAGAACAGGGCUCCAGUGGAUGCCAAGGCCAAGGACGACCAAACACCUCUGCAUUGUGCUGCUCGUAUGGGCCACAAAGAGCUAGUGAAGCUCCUGCUGGACCACAAAGCCAACCCCAACUCCACCACCACAGCCGGCCACACACCCUUACACAUCGCUGCCCGGGAAGGUCAUGUACAAACUGUACGCAUCUUACUGGAUAUGGAGGCUCAGCAGACCAAGAUGACCAAGAAAGGCUUCACUCCACUUCAUGUGGCAUCAAAGUAUGGAAAGGUGGACGUAGCAGAGCUGUUGUUGGAGAGAGGAGCCAACCCUAAUGCUGCGGGCAAGAAUGGUCUGACUCCGCUGCACGUUGCCGUGCAUCACAACAACCUGGAUGUUGUUAACUUGCUUGUCAGCAAGGGAGGGUCACCACACAGUGCAGCCAGGAAUGGCUACACUGCCCUCCACAUAGCAUCUAAGCAGAACCAGGUGGAGGUGGCUAACAGCCUGCUGCAGUACGGAGCUUCAGCCAAUGCUGAGUCGCUGCAGGGAGUCACACCUCUCCACCUGGCCUCGCAGGAGGGAAGGCCCGACAUGGUCUCCCUGCUCAUCUCCAAACAGGCUAAUGUCAACCUUGGAAACAAGAGUGGAUUAACCCCACUGCAUCUGGUGGCACAGGAGGGACAUGUCGGCAUUGCGGAUAUCUUGGUGAAGCAAGGGGCUUCAGUCUAUGCUGCCACACGAAUGGGUUACACUCCUCUCCAUGUAGCUUGUCACUAUGGCAACAUCAAAAUGGUGAAGUUCCUGCUGCAACAACAGGCCAAUGUCAACAGCAAAACAAGGCUUGGUUACACUCCUCUGCACCAGGCCGCCCAGCAGGGACACACAGACAUUGUGACACUGUUGCUGAAGCAUGGAGCUCAGCCCAAUGAGACAACAGCAAAUGGUACUUCGGCCCUGGCCAUUGCCAAGAGGUUGGGCUACAUCUCUGUGAUCGACGUCCUGAAGCUCGUCACUGAGGAGACGGUGUCCAUGACGACCACUGAGAAACAUCGUAUGAGUUUCCCAGAAACAGUGGAUGAGAUACUUGACGUGUCUGAGGAUGAAGGAAUUGCUCAGCUAACAUUAGGAGAGGAGCUCUUGGGGACAGAAGGGGCCAGGUACAUGAAGAUGGAUGACAUGAAAGACCAUGAUGACGAUUUCCUCUCCCCCAAGAAAUCACUGGAGUACGAGAGAGGGCUGGGCACAGCGAAUUACUCGCCAGCCAUUCCCAGGAUACCCCGCGUCUCUCCAGAGACCGUUAUCCUGAAGGAACACGAGAUAGAUCAGCAACACACUCCGCUUCCACUGCCCAAAGAAUAUGAUGAGGACUCACUGAUUCCCAGCAGCCCAGCGACUGAGACGUCAGACAACGUCAGCCCAGUUGCCAGUCCCAUACACACAGGGUUCCUGGUCAGUUUUAUGGUAGAUGCUCGGGGCGGCUCAAUGCGAGGCAGCAGGCAUAACGGUCUGCGUGUCAUCAUACCUCCGCGGACCUGUGCGGCACCCACCCGCAUCACCUGCCGCCUGGUGAAGCCGCAGAAGCUGACCAGCCCCCCUCCACUGGUGGAGGGAGAGGGGCUGGCCAGCAGGAUCAUCUCCCUGGGUCCAGCUGGCAUGCAGUUCCUGGGACCGGUGAUAGUGGAGAUCCCCCACUUUGCUGCUCUGGGUCGUGGUGACCGGGAGCUUGUGGUGCUGAGGAGCGAGAAUGGCUCAGUCUGGAAAGAACAUCGCAAUCGCUACGGAGACGAGGUGCUAGAAACAAUUCUCAACGGGAUGGAUGAGGACUUAGAAAGCCAAGAGGAGCUCGGGAAGAAGCGAAUCCGUCGCAUCAUCUCCACCGACUUCCCCCUUUACUUUGCCGUUGUAUCACGAGUGCAGCAAGAGAGCGAUCUGAUUGGACCGGAGGGAGGUUCCCUGACAAGUAAACUGGUGCCAAUGGUCCAGGCCACAUUUCCUGAGACGGCAGUCACCAAACGAGUCCGUCUGGGGCUGCAGGCUCAGCCAGUUCCAGAUGAGCUGGUUGCAAAGCUGCUGGGUAACCAGGCAAACUUUAGUCCUGUGGUCACUGUGGAGCCUCGGCGGCGCAAGUUUCACCGGCCCAUCGGCCUGCGUAUACCCCUGCCACCUUCCUGGAAGGAGAGCCCCCGGGACUCUGGGGAGGGUGACACCACCAGUCUGCGCCUGCUCUGCUCUGUCAUAGGUGGCACAGCCCAAGCCCAGUGGGAAGACAUUACUGGCACCACCAAGCUUUUGUAUGCUAAUGACUGUGCCAGUUUCACAACCAAUGUUUCAGCACGAUUCUGGCUGGCAGAUUGUCCUCGGACAGCCGAGGCCGUCUCUUUUGCCAACCUGCUCUACAGAGAGCUGUCAGCUGUCCCCUACAUGGCCAAGUUUGUGGUGUUUGCAAAGAUGAACGAGUUACGUGAGGGUCGCCUGCGCUGCUACUGCAUGACUGACGAUAAGAUGGAUAAAACCCUGGAGCAACAUGAGAACUUCACAGAGGUGGCUCGCAGCAGAGACAUAGAGGUGAUGGAGGGAAUGCCGCUUCACCUGGAGUGUUCAGGGAACCUCGUGCCGGUUAGGAAGGCCACUCAGCAGCCUCGCUGCUUUAGCUUCCAGGCCUUCAGAGAUAACCGACUUCCUGUCUCUGUUAAGGUGAGAGACAGCAGUAAAGAGCCCACUGGAUUUCUGUCUUUCCUGCGCAAGUCGACCAAGUAUGAAGACAGCCAACAUGUGCUCUGUAACCUCAACAUUACCAUGCCUCCGUGUAUCAGGAUUGUUGGGAGUGAAGACCGGAGGCGAACUCUGACUCCGCUGGCUUUAAGGGAGAGAUACAGCGCCCUGAAUGAACCUGCUAUGGCAUCAAUGAGUGCCAUGGAGAGGACAGAGCUGAAAAUGGCUGUGAUUGCAGAACAGUUGGGACUAAGCUGGGCUGAGUUGGCACGCGAGCUUCAGCUCAGCGUGGAUGACAUCAAUAAGAUCCGUGUGGAGAAUCCCAACUCACUGCUGGAGCAGAGCUCUGCGCUGCUAAACCUGUGGGCCACACGCGAGGGCAAAAGGGCCAAGAUGGAGAGCUUGUAUGCUGCUCUGAAGAGCAUCGACCGUAUGGAUAUAGUCAACAUGCUGGAGGGCCAGCCGCCUCAACCCGCCAGACAAGGCUCCCGCGAUCUCAGACGCCGGCACAACGACAGAGAGCACCUGUCCCCGGGUAUGACCAAUGGUUAUGGUCUGGCACAGGAAGAGCUUCUCUCACCGGCUUCCAUGCAGUACAGCCUGCCCUCUCCACUUGGUUCUGAGCCUUACUGGCAGGAAGUCUCCAGUCUGGACUGUGCACCCAUUGCCACCACAGAAGAAGACACCCUGAUGGAGAUGUCUGAUGUGCAGGUGUGGCCCUCAGGCAACAGCCCCUCACUGGUGCCUGUGGAGGACUCCUCGCUGGAGUGCAGCAAUGCUGACGAUUCAGAAGGUCUUCUAGGGUUGCCCUAUGGAAGUCUGGGUCGGCCGGCAAGUCAGGCCAGCGCGGCCAGCGUGGGGGGUGGGGUGCUGAGUGGCUCCAUUGAGCUACCCGAAGACGAUUCAGAGAUGGGCGUUGACUCGCUCAGCACUGCCACGCCAGCCUCGCUCGGGGGUACCAUCGCUGGGAUGAAUCUUAACGGGCUGAACAACGGUCAGGGGUCAGAGGCAAGUUCGGAGGUAUCUGCAUUCACCAGUACGACUGGUGGAGAAGGAGCUGGAGGAGGAGGAGGAGGAGGAGGAGGAGGAGGAGGAGGGACGGGCUCAGUGGAAGGGCUUUCUCUUGUUGCAGGACAGCAAAGGGUGUAUGCUCGGCUGAGUGAGUCACCUGGUCUCAGCUGUGUUUCAGAUCGGAAUGGAGACAGGUCAGGUAAUAGUGGAAACGGAGGUGGUGGAGGCUCUUUCCUUUCCUACCUGCAGGAACAGACAGGCCCGGGAUGGAUCCCUGUCACCGAUCCUACGCAGGCCUGGGUGGGCAGUCAACCCAGGCAGGCCAUGGACACCAUGAUGUCAUCAGUUUGUAACUCUGUGGAUGGAGAUCAGUCCCAUGUAUCCCAGGAGGCCUUGCUACAGCCUGUGAGGGACAUGGGGCACUCAGAGAUCUUACGGGGACACUUCAGAGGUACCCAGCCAUUUGAGAAGGGUUUGGGCUUCCCCCACAGAGUACCUGAGCUGAGGGCCUGGGAUGACGUGCGUCUAAAGGGCCAGGGUGAUGAGGUCGAAGAUCUUCCUGGGGAGCAAGUAAGCGAGGAACAGUUCACGGACGAACAUGGAAACAUUGUCACAAAAAAGAUUGUGCGUAAGGUUGUGCGCAGAGGGAAGGGUUCAGGUGAGGAGGGGGUUCAGGAGGUGAACGUGGAGGGUUCUCUGCAGGACGCCAACGAGCUGGAGGUUGACGCUGAGCAGUACAUGAGCUACGCCAUCCUGGGUCGGGACAGCAGCAAGCCCGAUACUGUGGAUGUGAAGAAAGGUGCUCAAAUAGUGAAAUGUGCCAGUCUGCGGAGAGUUAAGCAGUGAGGCAGACUGAGUGCUGCGUCCCUGCAGAGUUCUCCACAGGAUUCAACCCCUUCACCAAAACCAUCCUACAUGGACACAUGACCAGCAGCAGCAGCAGCUGACCGGAGGAGGAACAUUCAUUAAAAGGCAGACAGAUAGAAAUGAAGGGCAACAGACACCGACGUCAUGACAACCACGGCGGAUACUGAUGAGGGAUACGGAGUUACUUGUAGUUUUUAUUACCUUUUUUUUUUUUUUUUUUAAGAAACCGUGGGGGGGAGAAUAAACAUCCACUACUAGGCUAGAAGAAGCAUGAUUUCGUAUAAAACAAAAGCCAAACACGAACAAAAAAAAAACAAAAAAAAACAAAAAAAAUCUAGCAACCAAAACGUGCUUCCUGUUAUCUGUAUCAGCAUGAGUGACUGCUGCCGCAUGGCCUGUCUUUAACUACAAAUACUGAGGGGAAUACAAGGGAGGGUAAAAGUGACGGGGAGGGCUGGGGAUAAGACACUGCUGUGUGGGACAGGCAUGCAAUGUGGGGUAUGGUCAACCACUGGCCCGUUUUCUGAACCAAUAGGGGAAAGUUUAUCAGUCGAAAAAAAACAAAAAAAAGGGAAAGUAAAAUACUGAGAAUUGCAUAAUCUCUAGGCAACAGGAUCCUCCUCACCCACUUCCUCCUCCCUGUCACAUUCUUCCAGCUAAGAGCAUCACAAACUAGUUUUAAACCUGAUCCCAGUGCUGUCAAAGUCCAGUAAGGCUACAACGUAUCACCCAAGGAUAUCUGUGUUGUACAUAAUAUCGUAUGCACUAAAAUGCUCUACGUGACUGUGCUACGUGUGUUGUUUCUGUUCUAAGAUCCCUCUGAGACGCCACUGAUGCUGCUGUUUCAGGUACACAAGAAUUUCCUCUCUGUUUUCCUCGUUUGGUUCGUUUGGCCUGAACCUGUAUAUUGUUCUAUAUAUCUUGAGAUCUUCGUGGGUACAAGAACAUACAGAUGUCGUCUCGCUCUGCCUGUUUCAAAUGUUUCGUGUGUCAGGUUGUCUGUUUCUUUGUGCUUUCCAUGUGCUCUCGCCCUUUUGCUUUUGACAUGUCAAACUGUAGGGGGAAGACCCACGGUAAGCCACUUACUGCACUGUGGGUUUUUGAGCUUCGGGAGGCAGGUUCACCGCAGAGAAACCUGCCUCCCUAACCUUCCUCUGGAGAGUUUUGCCUUGUGGAGAAGGUGACAAUGAGAUAUAUGGUGAGUGACAGAUUAUCGCAAGAGAUUAAUCGACUCUACCAUCCCACUCCUCUGCCUUUUCUCGUCCCCGGUGUGCUGUUUUGUGUUAAUCAGAUGUCUGUCCGAGCCAAAUCCCAAUACCAGUCUUCACUUUCAAUUUUGCCUUCAUCGCCCUACCUCCACCCCCUUGCACUUCCAGACAGAGUAGAUGUAGCAGUCCCGCCCUCUUCCAGCAGGGGGCAGGAUCCCACCUUCAGCAGUGUCUGAUUGACUUCAUCAUGCAGUUUAUACCCACCACCACCACCACCACCACACAUGAGGUGCACUUAAACACCAUUUCACCGCCACCAGAAGAUGUCACUUGACAAGAGCAAAGUAGCUGAAAUGCUGGUAAUAAUGUAGCACUGGUUUGACUGUGGGAAAAGACGAAGAGUCAGCUGGAGAGAGGAAAGUGUCGUGUUGAGGGUCGAGGACAUGUUGAGCUUUGAUGUUUGUCUCCUUGGCGGUUAUUUAGAGAGUAGAAAAGACAGUCAGUCACCUAUCACUGUGAUGAGAAACUGUAAUACUGACCCGCAACUGUGAGCCUGACCCUUCCCGAAGCGCGUCUCUUGUUUCACUCCUUUUCUUUUGUCCUUUAUUCAAUGUCUUAACUGUACUUCAGAAGAAGCAAUAACUGCUUGGAAAAGGAAAGGAUUGUUUGUGUGCAUGUGCUCGAGUGUGUGUUUGAGUGCGACAGAGAGAGAUGGGGAAAAUAUUAGGAUGAUAGUUCAUGCUCUUCCUAGAAUCAGGCUUUGGGUUUAUUAAUCAUAGCUUUUGGCUACUCCUCACUGCACUCAGAAAUGAUGUCAGUACAUGAUCCCACAUCACUUUGCCUCUCCAGGAAACUAUUAGGCUUUACGCUAAGAUUGGUAUGACUUGAUACCAGCCAUCCCAUCUGCAAAGUUUUGUUACUCAUCAGGGAAUGUGGGUGUGUUCAGUCAUCGUUUUUAAACCUUAACGUUAUUAAUAUGCGCCUUGAAGGAAAUCCUGCUGUAUGCGUGUUUGUGUGUGUGUGAUUUUAAUAUCACGUAUUCAGUCCUGGAUCCUGGGACAACGCUGUGACAAUAUCACAGGAAGUAAUACUGCAAACGGACAAAUAGAAGAGGCUCUCAGAGUAUACGUGUAACUCUAACUCACGUGUUUUUUAAAGUUGAUUUACCUCAGCGAGCGUGCCAUCCGACAUGAUAUCAUUUCAUUUCAACAUUGUGUUCGACAUUGGAUGCUUUAUGAUGGAAAAAAUGUGGAAGUCACAAAAACUGUUGCAAUAAUCACCCAUCAACAAGUGUUUGUUUUGUACGGCUUCACGGCCAGAGAUGAUGAAUGUAUGGUCUUGGUAUACUGUAAGUCUUGUUAUAAAGUAGUCAUCUGUGUUGGCUCUGUA